AUUUGUCUGACAUCUUGUUUUUCGGCUUUGCUGGACAAUUUCGGUUCCUAAAAAUCAAUUAAACAUAUAAUAAAAGUAUAUUAUAUUGUAUCAAAUCUCGAAUACGUUUAAUGUGGAACUUGGACUUGUUGAAGGAAUAGGUAAAUACCAGAUUGUUGAAUUCUAGUAUGAACAAAAGAAGAAGGAACAGCUCGGUUCAAAGUAACCUUGAGGAUGAUGACAGUACUGAGGAUACCACCCCGGAACAAUCUCCGGCGCCGUCUAUUCCACGGAAGAAGAAGAAGCUUGAUCCGGCGGAACUAUGUCAACAUCUGUACGAUUCAAUUCGUGCCUUCAAAAAGGAGGAUGGAACUACCCUUUGUGAUACGUUCAUACGGGCUCCAAAACGUAGACAGGAGCCGUCCUACUACGAAGUAGUGGCAAAUCCAAUCGAUUUGUUGAAAGUUCAACAAAAACUCAAAACUGAAACCUAUGAAGAUGUGGAAGAUUUAAAGACGGAUAUUGAGUUAAUCGUGAAGAAUGCAAAAGCUUUCUAUAAACCCGAUUCCAUUGAAUAUCAAGAUGCUUGCCAACUGUUGGAUGUGUUCAACGCCAAUCGAACCAAGUUGAUGGAAAGCCAACAGGAACAGGAUUCGAGUGAACCAAGGCCUCGAAAAAUUGUUCGCCCACGAAAGUCAACGCAUGAACCCGAAGAGGCCGAAGACGAUUUUGAUCCAUAUGAAGAAUUAUUCAACUCGGUCAUGACGGCAACGGAUGAAAAUCGUGAGCUGCACAGAAUGUUUCAACUAUUACCGUCGAAAAAGCUUUAUCCGGAAUAUUACGACGUAAUUGAUCAUCCGAUUGAUUUGAAAUGUAUCGCCGUCAAAAUUCAGACGAAUGCUUAUUCGAACCUAAACGACAUGGAAAAAGAUUUGCUGCAGAUGAUUAAAAAUGCCUGCACUUUCAAUGAACCAGGUUCGCAAAUUUACAAGGAUGCCAAAACUUUGAAACGGAUUUUUACAAACCGAAAGGCGGAUAUCGAAGCGGGUCGAUUCCGUAAAAGUGCAAAUCGGAAAGCCCGUACUGGGACUAGCCUAAGCUCAAUGGUCGCUGCUCUGAAAGAAGAGGUUGAGAGUUCCGAUGACGAACUGGACGACUCGAUGGAAACCGAAGGAGAUGGUCCACUUUGGCAACUAUUCGAUCAGCUGUACAAUACGGCUAACACCAAUGAUCCCAAUGCUGUAGGCGCGCCGCUUGGAGAGUCACUCUGGAAGCUACCGAAUCGUCGCUUCCAUCCGGAGUAUUAUGCUCAAGUUAAGAAACCGAUUUCCAUGGGACAGGUACGCAACAAACUGAAGAAGGGGCUGUACUCGAACGUCACGGACAUGAGUGCGGAUCUGUAUGUCAUGUUGGACAACGCUAAAAAGGCUAAUCCAUCCAGCAGUAAAAUUUAUAAGGAUGCUGUUAAAAUGCAAAAGUUACUCAAUCAAAAACUGAUCGACUCGGGUGAUCUGGAAGAUAGUGAAGACGAUGACUCUGAUUCUUCGAUGGUGACAGUCACUCCCGCCAAAAGUAGCAUUAAAAGAAGUCGUCCCCGCAGUGUCGCGGCGAAUAUUCACUCACCACCACAGACAUCAUCCGGAACGGCCAACAGCACUCCGUUGGUCAAGGGAACAAGUCGACCAUCGUUAUUAGCAACACUGAAGAAAAAAUUACUGUCCCUGCACGAUUACAUGGUGGACUACACGGUCGCCGGGCGCCAACCGAUGGUUUUGUUUAUGGAGAAACCCUCGAAGAAGCUAUAUCCUGAUUACUACCAAGUAAUUCAACAUCCCAUCGAUAUGACGACGAUAGAGAACAACAUGAAAACCGACCGGUACGGUACGUUGGACGAUGUGGUUGGCGAUUACCGUCUCAUGUUUUCCAACUGUCGCAAGUACAACGAAGAAGGCUCACAGAUCUAUGAAGAUGCUAACAUUCUGGAAAAGGCUCUCAAUGAAAAGCUGAAGGAGUUCUCAUCCAUCAGCAAAAGACUAAGCACACCAAAAGCUUCCACCAGGACGAAGGCCAAGCUCAAUACGCUGGAAUCGAAACUUAAACAUCUGUACGAAACCGUUCGAGAAUAUCGAGAGCCGAAAGCAAAUCGACAAUUAUCCUUCAUCUUUGUGAAACUACCAUCGAAAAAUGAAUAUCCUGACUAUUACGAUAUCAUCAAGAACCCGAUUGAUAUUGACAAAAUCGAGCAGAAGCUGCGUAAACAAAGUUACGAGAGCGUUGACGAGAUGGCUGCCGAUUUUAUGCUGAUGUUCGAGAAUGCCUGCAAGUACAACGAACCGGACUCUCAGAUUUACAAGGACGCACUGUGCCUGCAGCAGCUUGUAAUUCAAACUAAGCAAGCCCUGCGAAGUGACGAAACGGUACCGGACGUCCCGCAAGCCGUGCAAGAAUUGCUACUUUCACUGUUCACCAGUCUGUACAAUUAUCAGGACGACGAAGGGCGAUGCUACACGGAUUCGUUGUCGGAACUGCCGGAGCAUGACGAGUCUACGGAUGGAACAAAGGUUCGUGGAAUUUCACUCGACUUGAUCAAGCGCCGUCUAGACAAGGGCCUCUACAAACGACUGGACAUGUUCCAGGAAGACAUUUUUACCUGCCUGGAGCGUGCUCGCAAACUGAGUCGCACCGAUUCACAGGUGUUCGAGGAUUCGAUCGAAAUGCAAUCAUACUUCAUCAAGAAGCGAGACGAAUUGUGCCGCCACGGAAAUGUACUGGAAUCUCCGGCACUCAGUUACACUACGAUGCACUUGAGCGCAGCAGUCGAGGCCCUUCGGCAAGCAAAACUUCUAGAGGAGGAGGCCGACACGGAGACGGAUGCCAUGCAACCAUCGCAAGGGGAAAGUAUGACCAUCGAUCAGAAAGUGUUUUCACCAGGAGAUUUUGUUUACGUUGAGCUUCCGGAUAACAAGAUUCCUGGCAUAGUAUACAUCGAGCGACUAUGGACAAACAGUGACAAUAUAAAAAUGAUGUAUGGCAAUAUGAUGCUCCGGCCGUACGAAACGUACCACCUGCAAACGCGCAAAUUUAUGGAGCAGGAAGUGUUCAAGAGCGAUCAACAUCAGGCCAUUCCGCUGUCGCAAGUGCUAAACAAGUGCUUUGUGAUGCACGUUAAAGACUACUUCAAGAUGCGUCCGGAAGGUUUCGCUGAUAAAGACGUUUUCGUCUGCGAGUCUCGUUACAGUUCGCGGGGACGGUGCUUUAAAAAGAUUAAAACAUGGACGAUGGUGCGUGCAAACGAUCCGGUAAACAUGGUUCAACGAGAAACACCUCUGGACGUGAAACGGGUGCAGUCCGUGUUCAAGGAACGCGUAGAAAAACACAAGGAGGAACUUUCCGAGCUACAAAUGCAGGAAGCGCUGGUGGAGAAAGAGAAACCCAAUGUGGUUGUGUACGUGAACGGUGGUGACGAAGGAAGUGUCUUUUUCGAACAGUACAACACUGUCUGCGGUGGGGUCGUGAAGACAGGUGACUUUGUGUAUGUUGCCACUGAAGCCGGCAAACAAUCGGUCGCACAGAUUCAGUCACUCUGGGAGACGAAAGAUGGUAAAUCUUUCUUCCGUGGGCCGUGGUUGCUAACGCCUCCUGAAGUCCCGGGGACCAUCAGUCGAUUAUUUUAUCGUCAAGAAGUUCUACUUUCUACCAUUCAGGAAAGUACUCCCACGGUGGCUAUCGUUGGGCGUUGUGCUGUCCAGGAGCAUCAUGAAUACAUUACAAGACGCCCAACUGAGAUCCCCGAAGCGGAUGUGUUCCUUUGCGAGUCAGUGUACGACGAGAUGAGGAAGCAAAUCCGUAAGCUUGGUCCGGCGGGAUUGAAAAAGUUCAAUCAUUCUCAGAUGGUAACGACAGAUGAAAUCUUCCACUUCCGACGGCCGAUCAAUCCACCAAAGGUUUCCUGUGGUGAAAUCGCAGCCAUGCAGGAAAACAGGCCGAUUCCAUCGGGUGAACUGGAAUGCAAAGAUGAAUUCGGAAUCAUAGACGACUCGAUUGACGGUCCGCCAUCGAUCGGUUCCGACGUGGUGGCGACGGCAUCCCCUGUCCCACCGAAUACGACAAGUACACCACAAGCGUCCGGGAAAAAGACCAAACAACCCGGACGGAAGCUGGUUACCGGUUACAUUCUCUAUUCGAGCGAACAUCGUAAAACGAUUGUGGCUAGCAAUCCGGAGGCCACCUUCGGCGAAGUGUCCCGCAUCGUUGGCAAUGAGUGGCGUUCGCUACCGGAUCACGAGAAGACGACCUGGGAACAGCGUGCUUUGAAAAUGAACGAAGAAAACGCUGCCAAAUUCGCAGCGGAAUCAGGCGAAGGACACUGUCCCAGUCCAGCACCGACAAAGUCGGAAGGUCCGAUUGUUCAAGAGAUAACGCCCAAUCAUGUUUACGAAUGCUGCUGGGAAAAGUGCGACCAUCAGUUCGAGGAUCCGUUCGAUUGUCUAGAGCAUUGUAUCACCGAUGUGACCGGUUGCGUCUACAAGACAUUCAUGAAAGCUAGCGAACCAGAAUUUUCCUGCAUUUGGCGAAACUGUGUUCGACUGCGGCGGAAUAUGCCACCGUUCCCACACAUGCAACGUUUGGUGAAGCACGUUCGGGAAGUUCACUUGACGAAGACACCCGGCAAAGUUGUGAUGCCGCAGGAUCGCAGUAAAAAUUUCGUUCCGGCGAAACGGCAAUCGAUCUCACAACCUCAUCCAUCGACUGUGAAGCAGCAACCGGUUGCAGUUGGCACCGCCAGUCCAGGUUUACCACAGGCAGCAGGAACCGCAUCCAGCAGCGCUGCAUCCAGUGAUGCUGGAGGCCCAACCACCCCCGCUAACCAGACGCAACCGAAUGGAGCCGCCGGUGCUGCCGGAAACAAUCAGUCAAGUAAUUACAUUCCUGCGUCGUACUAUAAUUUCGUUCCAGCACCUCCAGCAGAGCCACUAUUUGUCACCGUUCCACCCCGACCACAGCGGGUACUGCAUUCAGAGGCCUACAUUCGUUAUAUCGAGGGUUUACAGGGAGGCUCACAGUAUAUAACGCCCUGGCAAAAAACGCUCACGGCCACUCGUGAUAAUAUACCGAAUCAAGACGUGAGUCGCCUACCAACGCACUGGCUUGCCAAAAAAGGACGCGACAAGCCGGAAGUUGUGGUUGACGCUCUAUGGCAGCUGCGUGGUUUCCUGAUGAAAGAUGUUAUUCAAUUUGAUCGGUUUUAAAUUGAAUUCUCUGGAUACCUGCAUUGUAGGACAUUUAAGGUAGAUCUGGUUUUCUUUUCCGAAAAGACAACAAUAGACUAUAAACCAGUACGGUAAGGACGCGUAUAUGUUUUUAUUAUCUACAUCCAAACACUAUAUUUCACAAUGUAUAUAAUUGUGGGAAAUAAAAGUAUUUGAUUUUUCAUGUAA